CGAAUAUCCCCACCUCCAGUUCGUAGGUAAAGGCGUGCGUGCGUGAUAAGGUUUAAUAUCUGGUUGAUCCCCAGAGCACUCGUCUAGUUUAAACUACCAGUGACCACGACUACCGUCCUGCUGCCAUAUCCAACACCCCGCACCAAACACGAAGCGAAUUUCACAGCAACACAGGUGACAGAAUGACGACUAUGGCUGAAUACCGCUCGGUAUUGCAACGAGAACCUCCUACAAAACCUGCUGCGGCCCCUGGAGACGGCUCGGACGACUCCAGCAGCUCCGACGAGGAAGUGCCAACAACCAAGAUUGCACACGAAGACCUGACCGAAAUCAUAAACUGGUGCGGAUCGGAAGUAUUGAGAACCAGUCAAUUCGUGUCGUCCCAGAACAAAUCGAAGAAGAAUGGGCCGCCGGCCAAGAAGUUCGGCGAAUACGCCAUUGUAACUCGGCGGACGCUGGAUGAUGAUCGACGCACGGUGCUUUCGGUGGUCAUGGAGAUACAGUCCAAGCGGCUGCAGAAAGAACUGCAGAAGAUGGUCGAGUUCCCUGGAGCAGUGGACCUGAAGGCGAAUCCGAUCUUGAUCCCAAAGCCGUACCAACUGCUGUUCUACGAGCGAGACAAGAUCCGGAGGUUCAAGCACGAAUCGACAGAACUCGGAAAUGAGAUGCAGCUACUUGCGGAUUUCAUCCGCACGGACGACGGCAUAAGAUCCAUACGAAAAGAACACAAGUACCUAAUUUCCCGUCGUAAAAUAUCCUGGCGAAUCGUGUGGACUAUUUUCCAGCCGGGACAGCUGGUCGUCUUCAACAUCGAUGGAGUUGUCACGAUCCGUCGUCUUGUGAAGUUCAAACUUGCUCAGUUAAAUUUCAUGGCUGUUGGUCUUGGGAUAGGCUACAACGGCACACGUCUGGGAGAGACAAAGGAUCGAAGAAUUCUCCGCCCGUUCAACGGUAUCCGGGAUAUCGAGUCACUUCCUGUUGUUCCCCUCAAGUACUGGAAAGAUGGAGAGAAGCUUAAAGAAAGACUGAUCGAGAGAGGCAAGAAGUGGGUGCGGUUGGUGAAAAGUCCUCGGCACAUGGCAUUCAACGGACUGUGUGAAAAUCCCUUCGGGAACGAUUUUCUGCUGAACGAACGAAUCAUCUUGGACAAUGAUGCGUUUUUGGACGAAUACGUAUUGUACCGUCCGAAACUUCUUCCAGAACCCACCAACGAAGCCGAUCAGGCCAAUGGAGCGUCAUGCAUCCCAAAAGAUGCCGAUCUCUCAGAUGACGAGGAUGAUGGUCAAAUUUCUGUCGCCGGUUCCGAACCGGUUCAUGUAUCAGCUGCGGAUGCUGCUGGUGCGGACCCUUUGUCAGAGGAAAUCGAUUCCACCGCCAAAAACCUCGAGUCCGAGCCCGAAGAAGACAAAGAACUCACGGAUGACGAGUACUGGCGGUGUCCUGCCCGGAUCCCUGGGUUCCCUCUCCGGUCAAAGAAAUGGGGCUUCUUUCUAAUCGAGGAGCCCAUGCUCACCGAGAUACAAUGGAAGGAUGGUGCGUUCGACAUGCUUCAGAUGGUGAAAUUCAAGAAAGAUCUCGUCAAGUCUCUUAUCGAUGGGCAUAAGAAUGAAGUACGGACCUUUGACGACAUAGUGGAGGGCAAGGGCAGAGGACUUGUAUUCCUGCUGCAUGGCCCUCCUGGACUGGGCAAGACUCUGAUGGCUGAGAGUAUAUCAGAACACACAAGACGGCCUCUGUAUUCAAUCUCGAGCGGAGAGCUCUCGACAGAGAUACAGGGGAUGGAGAAGCAGAUCACUCGCAUCUUCAAAAUGGGCAAUAAAUGGAAAGCACUGGUAUUACUGGAUGAGGCCGAUGUCCUGAUGUCACGGCGAACCCCCGGCAAUCUCGAGCAGAAUGCGAUCGUCUCCGUGUUCCUACGGCUGAUGGAAUAUUACGAAGGAAUCCUCUUCCUGACCACCAACCGGCACGAAGAUUUCGACGACGCCAUCUACAACCGCAUCCACAUCACGCUGGCAUUCGAAAAGAUCUCCCACGACGUGCGGCAGGUCAUAUGGCGGAAUAUCCUCGAAUCCAACGCCGCUAUCAUCGACAUCGACAAGAAGUGCUGGACACCCGAAGUCUUCGCCGUACUGGGAAAGUUCGAGAUCAACGGCCGCUCCAUCAAGAACCUCCUUAGGACGGCCGCAUGCUUCGCCCAGUCGGAGGGACGACCGUUGGCCGUCAGACAUCUGUAUGCGGUCAUGAGGGUGAAUCUGUUGGUAGAGGAGAAGUUUAGGGCGGCAAUGGAGGGGCUGACCGAAUUGAUACCGCCACAACCUGAGUCAUAGGGGCGAACGUUUGGUGAGUGGUUUUAUCUAUCUGCCUACCUAAUAUACCUACCUGGGUGAAGAUGGAGCGUUUGCAUUGAGUAUCAUACGGAAUCUAUAGGCCUUUGCAGCCAAGUCUGCUCGCGGAUGAUGUUGUUCAAAAAUCAAGUAUGGUGACAAUAUACAGGG